AAUUUAAGCGCCUUUAGUACGCGGGAGGGGAGGUCGCACCAGAGCCUUCGGAAGUAGAGCGGCAGCAGCCUCUGUCGCCAUAACAACCAGAGACGACUCGCGUUGCCGGGCAGCUUGCUCUGAGCUGAGAAGGCUCGGCGGCCUCCAGACGCCCAGACUCCGCAGCAUGUGGCAGCAGGAAGCGCCGGUGGUAACGGCGGCUGCGGAGCCAGAGGCUGGCCGCGACGGGGAGCAGCUUCGGCAGCCAGCCGGGCUUGGGGGUAGAGCGCUCGGGGAACCCGGCAGCGCCCCCCAGGAACCUCGCGGACAGUGGAAGAAAUUUUUAUACUGUGAGCCACAUAAGAGAAUUAAGGAAGUUUUGGAAGAAGAGCUUUAUAUCAAGAGAGAUGAAUGCCACAUUAAAAAUUCACCUCCAGUGGCCCUGGAAAGAAUUUGGAGCAUUAAAAAGAAUCUCCCUGUGGGUGGUGGAAAGCCAGGACUACUGAACAGAAACAGUUUACUGCCGCAAGCCAAGUACUAUUCGAGGCACGGAGGACUGAGAAGAUAAGAUGAAUAGAAUGUCUGACUGAGAAGGAACCUCUUUCUCUUAGUGUUUGAAGAACACUGAAGAAACUCAAGCUUGUUUCUAAAUUUUAGAUGUGUAGGGAAAAAGUACAUUAAUCUGAAAAAUCUAUAAAUUAACCCAAAGUAAUGAAAGAUGAUUGGUAAAGUGUUCUAAGUGCUCAUGAAUAAUGCACAAUUGUAAUAAAUUGAGCUUCUAGUUCAGCCUAUUUUAAUGAAUUGGUGGUGAAGCAGAGACAAGCGUCUUUUCUUCAGGCAUUGUAAUUCUUAACCCUUUACUACAAUAUAAUGCGCUAAUCCAUCUAAAAACAGAAAUAAAUGCAGGUAUAUAUAGUGCUUAGUAAUGACAUAGAUGAAAAAACUCUCAGAAAGUCAUUUUUAUACCAGCUCAUGCUUUCUGUAGAGUUUGUUUACUAAUAUAGAGGAGCCAGGAAAUUUAUAAAGAUAUGUUUAUUGCAUUUUAAUAAUAAUUUUAGGUUAAAAAGAGAUUUAAAAGUAUAAAAUAAAAACCUUGCUUUUCAAAGUAAUAUAUAUGCAUUAUAGAAAAUUGGAAAAUAAAGAAAUAUAAAUGCAAAACAUCCCUUAUUUGUAAACUAAUUUCUAGAAACAACCAUGACAACAUGUAAAUAUAUUUUUUCUAUGCAGAUUUUACUUUGCCUAUUUAAAAUCAUACUGUACAAUGUAUAUAGUUAUUAUCCCUUUUAAUAUAAUAUGUAAUUUCCCAUUUUUAAUUGCACAAAAAUUGUUUAUAUAUUUGUACUAAAUGUUUAUUAUAUUUUCUGGAUAUUUGGGUUUUCCCAAUUUCUCAUUUAAUAUAUCCCUUGUGAUUCAUUCAUACCCCUUCUCCCUACAUACACACUUAAAAAGUUCUUUUGUUUAUCCCAGCAAGAUACAUAGUACAUGUACAAUCACAGCUACUUAAGACACUGAGGGAGAAGGAUUGCAAGUUUGUUUUUAAAAAAAUUUUUUUAAAGAAAGACCAAAACAGGAAAUGGGUAGAAAUAAUACAUACAUUCAGAGAAAAAAUAAACAGUAAGAAAUCACUAGUUGAUGUUUACAUACUGUACUCUUACAAAUAGUUGUUCAAGAUACAAAAGUGUAACAUAUAAAGUGGGAAUUCAAACAGUGAGACUGCGAACCAUUCUGUUCAACGACCCAACAAAAACUUAGUAAUAUGGCUAUCAAUCCUAUACACUUAAACAUACAUGCAGUUAUCCACAUCUUCAUUUAUGUUGCGAUUAAACAAACUAAAGCAGGCUAAAGUCAUUCUGAACAAAGAAUAGUAGUAUUGCUGGAUUUCACAUCAUGACAUUCCGGGAUCAGCACUGGGUACUGUAGUGUCUUCUCUUUUUAAAUUUUAUUUAAAGAAAGACUAAACAAAAUAGAAAAUUGGUAGAAAUAAUACAUACUUUCAAAGAAAAAAAUAAACAGUAAGAAAUAAGUAGUUGAUGAUUACAGAUUGUCCUCUUACAAAUACUUAUUCAAGAUACUAAAGUGGAGCAUAUAAAGUGGGGAUUCAAACAGUGAGAUUGUAACCAGUUCUGUUCAACUAUGCAACAAAAACUUAGAAAUAUGGUUAUUAAUCCUACUUAAACAUACAUGCAAUUAUCCCUAUGUUCAAUUAUGUUGAGAUUGAACAAACCCAAGCAGGCUAAUAUCACUCUGAACAAAGAAUACUAUUGCUGGGUUUCACAUUGUGACACUCCAGGAUCAGCACUGGGUACAUUAGUGUCUCUUUUUCUUCAAAGUAUCUGUUAAUUUUAUCAUGUGUCAUAAGAUCAGUUCUCAUAAACUGUUUAUAGAUUCUACACAUGCUUAAGUCUUAACAUAUAUUUCUAUCCUUUCUAUAUUAGAGGGAGAAACAAAACAAAGCAAGACAAAACAAAACAUAUUCCUAUAAACACAUGAAAUGAAAAAGACAUAUAAGACUGUUAUAUAAGGAGUUCUACCAUAGUUCCUGUGUUGUCUCUUGUUAUCGUCAAUAGAAUUGGCUAUAUCAUCAGACAUAGUAUAAUUGAAUAUAUCAGUACACAACAGUAUUAAUAAAAACACAACUUUGUAUAUUGUAUAAAAGUUCAAAAACAGGCAGUUAUCAAACCAGAAUGUCUAUUGUAAAGUCUUGUCAUCUUCAGUGUAGUUGCCUUUACUCUCAGACUUGAUACUGUCAAUCAUAUCAGUUUUGAAUAAAAUCUGUCAAUACUAAACAGCAAUCUAACAAACCAGAUUUAACAAAGAUCAGUCAUGAUAAAACAAGUCAUACAGGACUCCAGAUUAAGUUAAUAGGAAAUUAAAGAUGAUUACUGUGCUAUAUCCUGAUGUUUUUGGGAUAGCUGUCUGUUCCCUCAAAUCUAAUGCAAGUAAACAAACUGGGAUAGAAUAAAAUCUAUCAAAAAAAGAAUAAAAUCUAUCUAAGUAGAGUGGUGCAAGUAAUGUGGGUUUUAAAUCCUGAUACACUAUUAACAAUAUCUUCUGCCAUCUUUUUAAAGACUCUCCCUCCCCUUUCACUUCCCCAGGGUACAUUGUACAUUUUUGGGUCUCACCAAGACCCUUGAUUUUAAAUUGGGAGGCGCAAACCUGCUCUUUAUCUAAGUGUUUCCAAACCUUCUGUCUCUUGGACUUGAUCUCUAAUUGUAUUCCUUCACCUAGUAAAGCUUGUCUUUCCAACCUAUCCACAAAUAGUGGUCUAGUUGCCCCUAUUACUCUCUAGUUUCUGUCACAUAGAGCAUUAUUUUCUCAUAUUUGAUUUUCAGUACAUGUACUCUUUUUCAUGUUAAUUAUAUUUCCUAUAAAUAGCAUCUCAGUGGACCCUGCCUUCUGAUCUACUCCAUGUGUGGUUCUUUUUGUUUAAUUUAGUGUAUCAAGGCCAUCUAUAUUAGAGAUUAUAACCAACCUUCUCUGCCUCAUUUCUGUAAUGCUUUUUUUUGCCAUCAAUUGUCUGCUUGUCUUCUUCAUUCUGUAUUCUGCUCCAUUUAUUGAGGCUUCUCUGCCACUGUUCCUGGAAUCCUAGUAAUUUUCUCUCUUUCUCUAGAAUGACCUGCAGUAUUCUCUGUAGAGUUGGAUUGGUGGUUGCGAAUUUCCCACGUUCCUCUUUGUCUUGGAAGCAUCUUGUUUCUCCAUUCAUUUCUGGAGGCAGUUUAGCAGGGUAUAUCAAUCUGGGUUGGAAGUUAUUUUCUUUCAGGGCUUGGAAUUUUUCACUCCAGGCUCUUCUUGACUUGAUGGUUUGUGUAGAAAAGUCUGCCAUGAUUCUGAUGAGCCUUCCUUUAUAGGUUAUCUGUUUCUUGUCUCUAACAGCUUUUAAUAUUCUGUUUUUAUUGAAUUUCUGGGAUCUUGAUUAUUGUAUGCCUGGGUGUAACUCUGUUUUAGUUGUAGGUGGCUGGAGUUCUGUAUGCCUAAUAUAUCAGAAUAUCAUUUCCUUUUCUUAUGUUUGGAAAAAUUUCCUUAAUUAUUUCUGUGAAUAGCUUUUGUAGUUCCUUUGUUUGUACCCCUGCUUCUUCAUUCACAUUCUUUAUUCUCAAGUUAAAGAUCCUCUUGUCAUCUUCUAGCCUUUGUAUUGUUACUGCUUGUUUCCUUGUGAUUUUUAAAAAGUUUUUCCUUUCAUAUUCUCACAUUGCAAAACUGUCCUCCAGUUUGGAUAAUCUAUCCUUAGUUUCUUUCAAGUUGAUUUGCCAUCUUUCCAUAAAGCUUUUAAUUUCCUGGUGAUCUCUUUGAAUCUGCUCCAUGUAUUCUAUAUUUUUUUAUAUUCUUCAUCAAAUGGUUCUCUCCUUUGUUUCAGUUCCUUUCUUCCAUCUGUGUCUGCUUGAGGAGUGCUUAGCAUCUUCUUAUAUCUUGCUUUAAUUGGCUAAAUAUUUCACUUUUGAGGUCCUGAAGAUAUCUCUUUAUGUCCACUGGUGCUGUGUCUGAUAUUGCAUGUUUGCUAUUCUCAUUCUCCUUUGUAUUUACCUGUCCUGGGUUGAUGUUCUCAGGGUUGGGACCUGGAGACUUUUUGUUGUUGCUUUCUCUUCCCAUCUUUUUUGUUUCUUUCAGGAGGCCCUACUUUCUUUCUUUGUUGAUUACAAUUCUUCUGAGCAUGCUGACUAGGUGACCCUUCCCACUUCAGUGUGCUAGUGAGUUGCAAACAGGGGCAGCAUAUGUUGGCCCCUUCCCUUCAGAUCAGUCAAGCUGCCGAGGCCUACACUAUAUUACUGUGUGCUGCCUCCCCUCUGGGUCAGUCAAACUUCUGAGGCCUUCUGCAUUAGGGUACACUGCCACCAUAGGGAAUUGAUUUCAGAUAACCUAUUGGGUCUCAGCCAGGUCCCAUGACCCAGGCCUAGUUCACUCUACCAAUCCUGUUCGGGAAGGGAACAACUGACUGAAGUCACUGCUGCCCCUUGUACUUGCCAGUCCUGCCCAGUCCCAUAAUGUCAUCUGCCAGAGCCCCCCUUUCUGUGGAAUGGCUCCACUCCUGUCACUCACCACAGGCUGAUGCAGGCUCCCCACCAGCUCAGCUGUCCAUUCAGCUGGCUGACUCUCGACUUUAGUGUGACUGUGCCUCCAGUGAGUUGAAGUCGUGAGACCUCGGAUGGCUUGGCAAGUCUCCCACUGCAGCAGGAGCACUGAACCUUUAGCUGUUCCAAUAAUAACACUGGGACUGUACGUUCAAUUGGUUCUUCUCACCUUAGUUUCUUCUUGGGAUGAGAGAAUUCACCCCCUUCUGUUUGGGGUUCCUCACACUGUAUUAUGUUAAUUGUAAGUUGACUAUCUCAGGGAGCUUCAGUAGCCAGCUGUUAUCUGCCAUCUUUUCGGAUUGCAAGUUUGAACCCAACCUGGCAAUUAAGAGCCUGUGUAAAAGUCAGAAGAAAAGGCCUGGAGUGUAACUCAGUGGAGGGCUCAAACACACACACACACACACACACACACACACACACACACACACAUAAUAUUUCUUCUAGUAUUGAAUAGUAUUCUGAUCACUUUUCUUUGUAGGGUAAAUUCAUCUUAAUACCUCUUCAUUCUCAAGUUCAUUACUAUUUUUGAUGUAAUAAAUCAAGUAUAGUCAACAAGGAUUUGUUGACUGGGUAUGUCCUGCCCCUGCUUAAAAAUAUUUACCCUGUGAAACAGUCAAUAAUCUCGUGAGUCAAACUUUUCCAAGCUUAAUAUAAAAAUUUCCAUUUGGUUAAUGAACACUAGAUGAGCUUCUAUGCCUAAGACAGCUCCACCUACCACCAUGUUUAUGGAACUGUUUUUACCAUUGGCUGUUUCAAAAUAAUAUUUGCCAAUGGCUAAAACUGAGGGGUUACAUCUUCACUUAAUCAUAAAACAUUAAAACUACCUUGAGUUAUGGCAAAGUAUUUAGUAUUCUUACAAAUCUAAAAAUCUUUAACUUCUAAAAACUCUCAACAUUGGCUUUUUACAUGUGUAGUAAGAUGCCACACAAAGAGGGCAAUGCAGGGGAAUACUGACUUUCACCCAUCCCAUUUGAAAUAUCCUGUUCCUAGCUGGGUUCCCAGUGUGACUUUGUAAACAUGCUCAAGGAUUUCCUUUCUCACUUCCACUUUACCUUUGCCAGUAAACAAGCUCCCACCCUCUUCACUGUUUAUUUUGAACUUUACUGCCUGAGCUCUGAAUCGUCCCUUUCUGACCAGCCUCUAAGACUAACAAGGACCGAGCUCAUGUCACUGUGCCCUUGCUUGUAUUUCUUUCUUAUUCUACUCUCGGUUUCUGGCUUUUUGCAGCUCAUUACUGUACUGCAAUGCCCUGUUGCAUAUUUUCUCAAGUGGAUAUAUGUGCAGGGUUUUGGGGGCCAGCAUUAUUUAUAAUAAUAAGUUUAGAAGCCCACCUAAAUGCCCAGUGUAAGGGAUGGUUUAAAAGUUAUACUAUGGUGCAAUAUUUUGCUUUGUCUUUCAAUUCAAUCAACUUUUAAAAUUUCUAAAAGGCAUUUUUUUAGAUGAAACUUCUAAAACCAGAAUUAAAAGGACACUUCUUUAAAAAUAACAAAAAAUAGCAAUCCUAAAUCAACAUUUUCAUACACAGUAAUGAAAUAUACUAAAAGCAUUCUGAAACCAAAAAUAAAACAAAGAUAUUUUAUUUCCAAAGGUGUCUGCAAACCAUUUGCUUUCAUUCUUCAUUGUGUACACCUCCUGACUCCGGAUCCUAAGGCUUUCUUCCGUUUCUGCUAGAGAUACUUACUGGUAAUACAGGGUAUAUACCUCUUGCUUAAUUUGGCCAAUAGUCAUCACAAAAGCAUCUGUGAGCCACAUAGAUUGAAGAUUAAAAGUAGAAAAAAAAUGAGGAAACUGUUUCUUUACAGUUAUAUCAGGUGAGGCAACUUUUUUAAAACAAUUUUUUAGUUGUAUUUUUAAGACUGAUUUAUCUUAUCACAUCCCUUGUCUCACAACUGCAAUGUUUACAAGAUGGAAAUUAUAUGAGGAGGUUUUUGCUUUUGUUUUAAUAAAAAUACAUGUUUCACGUAUUUUAUAGCUCACAUUUUUCACUCAGCCAUCCAUUAUGACCUUUUGCCUGUGUAACAUCUGCUUGUCUAAACUGUCAAAUUUUAAUGGAUAUUUCCACCUUUCCAUAUCCAUAUAAUAAAAAGAAAGCUUUUGGAGUUUCUUCAUAGGUUUGUAUUCUGGAAGGAAUAAACCACAAGAACUUUGAAUGAAAAUAGGGUAAUCAAAUUCAGAGUCAAUGCUGUCCAUUUUAAGAAUGCCAACCGCCUGAUUUCCCAGAAUGUUCCAGCCAGAUUUAUACCUGUCUAGACAAACAUACACACAUAAACACAGGGGUGGAGGGGAACUAGAGGGUGACAUGGAUGAUGCUGCAGGGACAUUAUGCUAAGUGAAACAAGCCCAGCCACAGAGAGACAAAAGCUGCCUGAUUCCUUUAUAUGAAGAAUUUAAAAUAGCUGACUAAAUACAUAGAAACAGAGAGAGGGAUGGUGGCUGUCAGGAGCUCUGAGGGAGCAGUAGGAAAGGGGAGUUUCUAAUCAACAGGACCAAAAUUUUGGGGAUAUAGGAUUUAUAUGUUCUGCAUACCUGGUGAGCUUUGUGCCUAUAAAUAGCAAUAUUGUAUUGCACACUAAAAAAUCUGUUUCAAGGGUAAAUCUCAUGUUAAAGUUCUUACUAUAAUAAAAUAAAAUGUUAAAGCAA